AUGUCGGGAGCUGGGGCCCUGAUCUUGGUCUAUCCAUUGGAUGUGGCCUACACUUGCUUGGCGGCCGACACGAAGGGACAGUUCCGAGGCCUUCUGCACUUCUUCUCCGAAACAAGACGGAGACAUGGCCUUCUCAACCUUUACCGAGGAUUACCGCUGUGUCUUCUCACUGCGUUGCCAUAUAUUUCCAUUGCCACGGCGUUGCAUGAUACGCUUGCACCCUGGCUGAUGACGCAAAUGGGACACCGACCCUCUGUGGACCCCAAGUCUCUUCAACCCGGCGACCUCUUUUGGCUGGUUCGACACGGAGCACCCGCUCACUUGUAUCCCUGGAACCUAGUUGUUGGUGCCGCAUCUGGCUUCGUUGCCCAAACCGUCACCUACCCUUUGGAUACUUUGCGGCGCAGGUGGCAGCACACUUGCGCAGGCCCUCGCGCCAGCAUGCCACCGUCUCUGAAGGAUUGUGCGAAGAGCAUCUACGCGAAAGGUGACCUGAAGGUUUUCUAUCGUGGUCUAAGUCUUAACUCCCUGAAGCUGAUCCCCGAGCUUCUCGUCCUCAGUGGAGUGUACUUUGUCAUCAACGCCUCAGGCAAUUUCGCCGCUCGUCGUGGGCAGACCGAAGACUGGUCGCGGCGGAAUGCCAUUCUUGGUCGCACUGAGGACGUAGCGAUGAGACUUCCCGAUUGGUCGAAGCCUCGAUGGGAAGCAGCUCUGCCGUGCGUGGCAGUGCCGCCCAUGUCGCUGGAGAAGCAGCUCUGUCUGUUGAUCUCCCUCACUGCGCCAAAGAUGUGUGCAGCGCACUUCAAAGGGAGGCACUUCCUGGGCGGUCGCUUUGUUCCUCCGGGAAUUCUGGAGAAGUACCGGCUGAAGCUGCCGGAGUAUCCAGGCAGCACCAGCAAGCGAUGCAAGAUGUGCCGACUGAAGGUCGCCAUUUGCAGGUACAUCCCGAGUAGAGAGCAUUUGGGGCGGCAAGAAGCCGAAGACUUUCGCGAUCCAACACAGGACGUGAAAGAGCACGCGGAGCCGGUGAAGGUCCUUGGUGAACUCGUCAAGGCCGCCCUCCCAAGCCUCCACGGCCGCCGGGACCUUCUCGCGGCCGCCCACCGCCGGAGACUCGCGGCCCAGCUCAGCGGUGGUGUCUCGAGGACUCCCUUUCAGGCAAAGGGAGGGGAGGCGACGGACACCGACGGAGGCCAAGCAGUGCUGUGGCCAGAAGUACUCGACCUGCUUCAGCUAGGGGAACUCUUCGCCAGGCUGGACCAAAUGGAUGCCCCAUGGGAGCUGGAAAUGGAGGUCGCGGAGAUCAACGGCGAAGCCGUAGAUGAUGUCGCCGUCUCGGGGUCGCGGCUGCGCACGAGCCGGGUCUCUGGGACUUCGGCGCACUCGGAGGUGGAGUUCCUUUAUGAAGGCGCCUCCCAGCCCGAAGAGCGAGGCACUCUUGUCGCCAAGGUGCUUGAGUUCCGGCCGGUGGAGGGCUUUCAGCCACCUGCGCCAGUGGCGAAGAGUUUGGAAGAAGAAGACUCUGAGGAGGACUCCACAACUCAUCUUGAGCAGCUGAAGCCCAUGCAGGGCUACUUCAGCAUCCUGGCGGUUCGUGAGUGGAUCCAGAAGGGCUUUGUGACCCGCCGGGAGCUGCUCUUCGCGCUCAAUGCGCGCCAGGACACUGCUGUGAGCAGAGCUCCCGAGAAGGAGCAGCUGAACCCGCAGAGGCCCCUCGACGUGCACAUCGAGAAGAACGAAAGAAGCCAGAGGAAACAGCAGAUCAAAAGUUGGACCGGUUGCUCAAGGAGCAAAGGGCAGCUCGGGCCUCGUCACUUCCUGCUGAAGAUGAUCUUGCUGUUCGACGCUUGGCUAUGCACCCUACGGCUGAGGGAGGUGAACCUCAGGGGAGAAGAAGAGAGGGAAGUGUGGCACUUCAACCUGGACAUCAUGGAGGGCAUCACGAUGCAUCAGCUGGCCAGCUGGCCGGGGCUGGAGGUUCUGACCUACCUCAAGGACCAGGUUCGGGACUACCUCAUCAACCAGGUGGCGGAUUCUUUGGCGGGCAAGGUUCUUUGGCUGGAACUCCACAUCAACCUGGAGCUCCACACGGUGAUCCAAGAAUGGGCACGCCUGCAAGCGCAAGGCAGGCUCCUGGCCCUCGACGAUUACGUGGCCGAGGAGAAGAUCGUUGGACUUGUGGCUGCAAUCAAGGAAUCGCUGCGGAGGUUGCUUGGCGUUUUGGAGGAGGAAGGCGAGGUUGCCGAGCCCUAUGACACUGCAGACGACGUCAAGCACACUGAGGACCUGCCUUGUGAUCCUGAAGAGCGAGAGAUGCUCUCUGAUGAUGAAGUUCAGCGGCUCAAUGCGUUGGCCCAGAUUGAAGAGGCCCAAGAAGCUCCUGGACACCAAAAUAUCACGUUUGCUGAGGUGAUCCCAGACAGAACUGUGGAGUCUUUGGUCCGUGCCCUGUCUCGACUACAUGCCAAGUACCGCAUGCUGGGCAUCCAAGUGUACCGCCUCCACACAGAUCGAGAACGAUCGUUUGCCUCAGAUCCUUUGCCCCUUUUGGACGAGGUCGGCCGCUCCUUGGCACUUCAAUUUGAGGAUGAAGGGGAUUCGGAGGAGGUUGUUGGAGGUCCCACUCCCGAUAGUCUUGAUCAAGGUGAUCAAUGUCAACACCCUGACCUUCCGGGGGAGCUGGAAGAUCCUAUGUGCUGCUCACGACAACAGGCCGAGCAGUGGCAUGAACUUGAACAACAACGUCACUGGGCUUUGAAGCAGCUCUGGUGUCAAGGUCUUCGAGAAGUUGCAGUUGGUGAGGACGCUGGGAGUGUUCACGGCAGCUGGCUUCGUGAAGUUGAAUUGCUGCUCCGAGGUGCUGAAGAUCAAUUGUCGUUUCAGCAUUCCUCCUUGCAGAACUACAAGAUGGCUUCACUGGCUCCAAUGGCUGGUUCAACUGAGGUCCCAGUCACGGUGCUCCAGACCUACACGGUCUCCCUACAGCAGGUUCGCAAGGAGUUGGAAAAAUGGAAGCCUCCCUUGCGUGAUGAAUAUGGUCAACUGGUUUCAUCGACCCAGGCAAUCAAGCCAACUACUGAAGAAAAGUUGCGCCUGGAUCCAAGGUUCCCAACUAUGGAACUCGCUCCAGCUAUGCUUGUUCCCACGGUCAAGAGUCCUCAUGGACGUCUCAGAGCACGGGUGGUAAUCUGUGGCAACCACCUCACCAAGGUCAACGAGGACCAGGACAACUCAGCAAGUGAAAUGAAGGCCAAAGACCAGGCUCCGUAUUCACUAUAUGCAGGAGGAGCAGAUGGGACAACACUGCGUUGCUUGAUGAGGUGCGCAGCUCAAAGAUCCUGGUCAAUUGGCACGGUGGACAUCAAGACAGCGUUCUUGUUAGCGCCACGGCCGGACGAACGUGAACGUUUGCUCGUUGCUCGCCCUCCGAGGGUGCUGGUCGAAGCUGGAAUAUGUCCUCCCACCGAACUUUGGGAGAUAUCCCACGCUGUCUACGGGUUGAACGAUGCCCCAGCAAAUUGGUCGCACUAUCGCGACAGAGAACUUCCUCAGCUACGCUUCAAGGCUGACGGUCACGAGUACCAAUUGGUCACCACGCCAGAGCCUAACCUCUGGAAGCUUGUCAAGACUCAGCCCAACAGCAUCCCGGAGGAGGACACUUCAGAAGGCUUCUUGGCAGUGUACGUUGAUGAUAUGCUGGUUGCUGCUCCAAGUCCACUGGCUCAGGCGGUGAUUGAUGGAAUCAGGGCUCGUUGGCGCUGUUCAGAACCGGAGUGGGCAUCGUCAGAAAAGUCCCUCAAGUUUUGCGGCUUCGAGAUCAAGUGCCGCCCAGGUGAGGUCAUCCUGAACCAGACCUCCUACACUCGAGAUCUCCUUGCACGCUCCCGUGCGGCCGCGUUCGAACCUCGCUGCCAUGGACAUGGUGUGCGCCUUGCUGCCAUGCGCGCUGAGCCCAGCACUGAGUCCGGCACAUGGACGGUGGCUGGACCUCAUGAGUGGCCGCAAUUCAGACUUCCUCCACAAGGACGAGAUCGAUGGGGGCGGCUGCGCGAUGGCUGGUGGGUUCGACAUCAUGUCAAACCAAGAAAAAGGCCAUUUCAUCCUGUACAUCGGCAGACGCCAUUCGACGCGGCUCAAAUCCGCAGUGGACGGGUUACUGUGGUAUGGCUGCAUGGCGAGAAGUCGGUGGUGGAGGAUGACUGGCGCAGUGGCACCAGGCCGAUGGUUCCGACAGAGGAGCAGUGGGUGGGCUACAGUUUUUUCCGUGACAACCCACCUCAACCUCCGCUGCCUGAACAUGCCACCCUGGAUUCACAAACGAGCUCUUCGACCCCUGCUGGCCAGACGACGGGAAGCUCCUCGACACCGACGCCACCUGGACAGUCGCUUUCGACCUCGCAGGUCAGUGCGUCAUCGGGGCCUCCACCGGUUCGACCAGAAGAAGAGCUACUGAGAGGCAUCAGGAGGGUUCGAAGAGGCUCAACAGAUAGCUCCACAGGGACACCAACGAGCACCUUGUCCUCGACGAUGACGGCAUCGACUCGUGGCAUGGAUGCUAUGGAAGCACCUCUCACUCUCGGCUACCUUGGCCGGAUGAGGGGACAGGAGAAUCGAGGAGAGAGGCCUGCGCCAGCCAACAUGCAGGUUCCUCUUGAGGAAGAGCGGUCGGAUUGGAUCCUCUCGCUCCAUUCCGAAGGUUUGCUGCUUGCCCGGCAUCCCAACUUGCCGGAUGAAGCGACGCCUCAAUGGUUGGGCAUUCAAAUGCCUGUGGCUCGGAGCUCGCGCCCUGCCGGCGCUGGACGACCAAGUGAGGCCUCCAGGCCCGCGGCUCGAAGUGAGGGCAACAGGCCCGCGGCCCGAAGUAGUUCGGGUCCCAUGCCCAUCAAUGAAGAGUGGGAUUCCGACGGAAGCUAUGAGCUUCUGGAGAACUGA